AUGCAUCACAACACGUUUACAUUUAUUCUCUCCGGCCUCGCUGCACUUGGUCAAGCUGCUCCCGUCAGAGAUGCUGCACCACCUAAUGAGGCGGCGGACAUGCCUGCCAACCUAUUGCGCGACUUGCAUACCGCUGAAGCCUUCGCCAAGCGCGUAUCCGGCCCUCAACAGGUUCUCUCUAACUGGACUGCCGCAGGCUCUGAUUUAUGUUCGUGGGCAGGUUUUUACUGCGACACCGUCCCCAACACCAACGAACUGGGCCUCGCUUCCAUUGAUUUCAACGAGUUUGGACUAACUGGCAACCUCAAAUUGUCUGGCUUUCUCGACAAAUUUACUGACCUCGCCCUCUUCCAUGCCAACGACAACGGGUUCAGCGGCGAAGUGCCUGAUCUCAGCCAACUGCAAUAUCUCUACGAGAUCGACCUGAGCAACAACAAAUUCUCUGGACCUUUCCCGCAGAGCGUACUGAGGAUCAACCUCUUGGGGUUCCUCGACCUCCGCUUCAACAAGUUCAGCGGUCCCAUCCCCGACAAUGUCUUCACCGCCUACCCCAGUCUCGAUGCCCUCUUCUUGAACAACAACAAGUUCUCUGGCCAAAUUCCCAACACCAUCGGCUCGUUCCCCGGCGAAUACCUUGUCCUCGCCAACAACCGCCUCUCCGGCCCCAUCCCCGACUCCCUGGGCUCCGCUAUCCAACUCAAGGAAUUCCUGGCUUCCGGGAAUAAGUUGUCCGGCUCCAUCCCUGACGCCAUCGGUUACCUCCCCCACCUCGAACUCUUCGAUGUCUCGAACAACAAGCUGACCGGCACGGUUCCUGAGGCGCUCUGCGCUAGCAAGUCGCUCCAGAGCAUUGUGCUGACUGGGAACAAACUUUCUAAAGAUCUGGGGCCGAUCUGCCAGGCGUCCAAGGCUAAAGGAAUUUUGGAAAUUUAG